AUGAUGAAAUCAGGGUUGGGAAAGGAAGAGAAAAAACAGUUGAAAAAACCAGCACAGGCUAGUUCAAGAAAAGGGUGCAUGCGAGGCAAAGGUGGACCUGAAAAUGCAAGUUGCACUUACAAAGGUGUGAGGCAGAGAACUUGGGGCAAAUGGGUGGCUGAAAUCCGCGAACCUAACCGCGGCGCUCGUCUCUGGCUUGGUACUUUUGAAACUUCUCAUGAAGCUGCUUUAGCUUACGAUGCUGCUGCUCGUAAGCUUUAUGGUUCUGAAGCAAAACUCAAUCUUCCAGACCAAUCUACUCCUUCUGCACCCUCCGUGACAAUAUCACAAACACCUGAAAUGCAACACCAACAAAUUCAAGUUCAACACAACCUCAACAACAGCAACAGCUUCAAUAUUUCAAAUAUCAAUUCAUGCAACAGCAUCAACAUGAGCAACAUGAGCAACAGCAUCAACAUGAGCAACAUGAACAACAACAUGAGCAACAACAUCAGCAUCAACAACACUGUCUUUGUUGGUGAUAUUGGACCAAUAUACAACAGUGAUAAUUCUAUUGUGUCAUUUCCAAUGGAUGCUACAAACACAAUGGAACACCAACAAGUUGAUCAAAGCUACAACAAUAAUAAUAUUUCAAAUGAUUCAUUUUUUGGAACAAUGAAUUAUGAAAGUAGCAUGCCAGUGAUUGAUGAUGAUUCAAUCUGGAGAGAAGCUGCUAUGUCUUUGGAUGCUGCAAUUUCAAUGGAUUAUCCAAUGAUCAGUGAUCCUGAUGGAUUAUAUAAUUCAGCUUGGGAUUCUCUACAAACACCAUGGUGCAUGUAA